AUGAGACUUACGCGCUGCCUACUGCGCUACCGAGGCUCUUGGGAAAGAGGGGCCAUCAUUGCGGAAGACGAGCCAAAGAGAACCUGUAGCUGGGAGAAGGCCUGUGUAUGGUGUGGUGUUCCUCUGCUGAUUCUUGGGGUCGUAGCUGUGUUGGUUGGUCAGUUAACUCCAGUGCGAGAGGCUGUUGUGGCAAGACGUGGUUCACUCGCUUACUUGGAUAGAAAAGCAAUCGCCUACAACCAGCGCCUGGAGCUUUGCCGUCUUGUGGGACUGGCUGCAUUGUGUGCUGCAGCACUUCUUAUUCUCUUGUCCUUUCUGAUCAGCGCCUAUAGCAACCCUAGCAGCCAGCAAUACAGCCCAGUAUUUGCAGGUCCAGCUGCUGCAAGCCCCAUACCACUUUCUGGAGUUCUGACUACAGUCCAACCGCCAACCAGUACAGUACCUCCCAGGAGGUAAAAGUCAUUCAAAGCGUUCAAGAACAAUACAGCCCUUAAUAAACAGCACAAACCAAAGCCAUUAUUGGUGAAGUUAAAGUGCAUUCAACAAU